AUGUACCGAAGUGAGUUGGUCCUGGUGCUCCUCGUCUCCUUGCUGACUCCUGCGCAGCCGGAGGAGUCCAAAGGCCAAGUCCUCUUCCAGAGCAGUGUCCAAGUGGUUGGCGGGAUCAGCGUCAAAGAGGAUCUGACGCUGGCCGAGUUCUCCGAGGAAGACCUGCUGUCUGAAGGCGACGGUGAGGGCGCUCGUGAGGGCGCCGCAGCGUCGUUGCUGUCGGCGGCGGCCUCGGCGAAUGCCUCGCCGGAGGGCGUGGAGCUGCUCCGCGCGGAUGUGAAGUGGCUUUGGAGCAAGCUGGGCCAGGCUUUCCGGUCUUGCUCGGAGCCGGAGAGUUGGACUCUGGGAUUUGGAAUCUUCAGAUCCGACAUCUUGGCGUGGCUGACGGCCUUGGUCAGCUUUGGCCUGACUCGCUCCCUGCUGGCCCCGUCGCCAGAGAAGAAGCUGAUUGAUGAGAAGACCAUCGAGGAGGAUGAGGGAGAAGAGGAGCAGGUGCAGCCGUCUAUGCACAUGGAGAUUAAGAUCGACGCCAACAAUCCGGUUAUGAUCCAGCGAGCUCGGGAGCAGCUCGAGGAGGCGGAGAAGCGAGCGGAUGCCCUGAAGACUGCCCAGAGGGACCACCGGGACGUUUUCGGGUGCACGGCUUUGCACCUGGCCGCCCACAACUGCCAUGCUGAGGACGUGGAAGAGCUUCUGAAGCAGAACUUCGACGUCCACGCUCAGGAGCACUUUGGAGAGACUCCGCUGCAUUUGGCUGCGCGCUCUGGCUGUGUGCGCACCGCCGACGUGCUCCUGAAGCACGGGUCGGACCCCGCGCGGCGCAACUCUUUCGGCAAGACGCCCUUCGCGGUGGCGAUGCAACACGGGCACCUGGCGCUGGCGACGAUGCUUAGGGAAGUGGCAACCACUCGCCGGUGA